UUGGGUACGGAAUUAAUGCCGUCAGGGGGCGGGCCGGGCUUUGGAUUCGCGCGCCCGCCCUGGCUAGUCUGGGUGUGGGCGGCUUUUGGAGAAAGCCGGAAGCAGCGACAGCCCCAGCUCCAGAGACAUGGCGGGCGUUAAAGCUCUCGUGGCGCUCUCCUUCAGUGGGGCAAUCGGGCUGACUUUUCUUAUGCUGGGAUGUGCUUUGGAGGGCUAUGGCGUUUACUGGCCCCUGUUCGUCUUGAUUUUCUACGUCAUCUCCCCCAUCCCCUACUUCAUUGCCAAAAGGGUCACAUAUGACUCGGACGCGAGCAGCAGUGCCUGCCGGGAACUGGCGUAUUUCUUCACCACGGGGAUUGUUGUCUCUGCCUUUGGACUUCCUGUUAUUCUUGCUCGCGUGGAUGUGAUCAAGUGGGGAGCCUGUGGUCUUGUGCUGGCCGGCAACGCUGUCAUUUUCCUCACAAUUCAAGGCUUCUUCCUCGUCUUUGGAAGAGGCGAUGAUUUCAGCUGGGAACAGUGGUAGCUCCUCCUCAUGGAAAGCAUUGAGUCUUAGAAUUUGUAUUGAAACACAGGGAUCCACAUCAUGUUGGUUCUUAUAAGCAGUUUUUCUAGUUCAUCUUUUUUAUCUGGAGCCUAUCGGGAAAGGAAGUGAGAACUACAGCCACCCAAUGAGGAUGCCAUCAGCGGUGUUUAAGCAUUGAUGCUGCUAGCUAAUGAGUGUUCAGAGCGCUCUCCCUUGAGGCUUGUGGUCCGAGGAAUCAGCAUCCGGGCCAGGACUGGUAUGACAUUGGGGCCAGCAGGUGAAGGGACAGAGGACAGUGUGCAAUGUUAUAUUUUGGCCUUAUGCAUGACAUUAUGUUUUUAAUAUUCUGUGUAUAUAUAGAAUUGUUAGAGUUGUCAUUUCUAGUAUUUACAUUAGAAAAAUUAUUUAGAUACUUGAUCACUUAACUGGCAUUUUUAAUCAUGACACUUGCUAUUGUAAUAAAUUUGACUUUUAACACUGAA